AUGUUCUUUGUUGUGACCAGAGGCCCAGCUCAGGACGCGUGUUCGACAGGUUCAGAGUCCUGUGUGGUGAGGCGAGGACCUGUGGGCAUCCUGUUUCCCUCAGUCUCCUCCUGCCAUGUGAUAGCCAGAGUUUUAUUCCCAGCCAGCAGACUUGCUGCCAAGCAAUUGUUCUUGGGGAAUCCAGAAAUAUUCAAGAUGAUCCAAGUUAUCUGUCUGACAAUGCUGCUUACUGAAGUGGUUCAUUGUGCACAGGGACACUUUGCUCACAAGCUCCUGAAUGAUCUGAUGGAGAAUUAUUCCAGCGCCCUGCGGCCUGUGGAGGACACAGACCAACCUCUCAACGUCACCUUAAAGAUCACUCUCUCUCAGAUCAAAGACAUGGAUGAGAGGAACCAGGUGCUGAUCGCCUACCUGUGGAUCAGGCAGACAUGGCAUGACGCCUACCUCAGGUGGAACAAAGAAGACUACGACGGACUGGAUAUCAUCCACAUCCCCAGCAGCCUGGUGUGGAGGCCUGACCUCGUCCUCUAUAACAAAGCUGAUGAUGACUUCUCAGGACCAAUGGACACCAACGUGAGGCUGCACUAUAACGGAGAGAUAACUUGGGAUACUCCUGCCAUCACUAAGAGCUCCUGUGAGGUGGAUGUCUCCUACUUCCCAUUCGACAGUCAGGAGUGUAACCUCACGUUUGGUUCCUGGACGUACAACGGCAACCAGGUGGACAUCAUCAUGGGGAUGGACAGCGGUGAUUUGUCAGACUUUGUAAAAAAUGUGGAGUGGGAGUGCCACGGGAUGCCGGCCACUAAGAAUGUCAUAAUGUACGGCUGCUGCCCUGAUCCGUAUCCAGACAUCACCUACAAGGUGCUCCUGCAGCGUCGCUCCUCUUUUUACAUCUUCAACCUCCUCCUGCCCUGCUUCCUGAUCUCCUUCUUGGCUCCUCUGGGUUUCUACCUGCCUGCAGACUCUGGGGAGAAGGUUUCCCUCGGGGUGACGGUGCUCCUGGCUCUUACUGUGUUCCAGCUGAUGGUGGCCGAGAGCAUGCCACCUUCAGAGAGUGUGCCGCUCAUAGGGAAGUACUAUAUAGCCACCAUGACCAUGGUCACAGCCUCCACGGCUCUCACCAUCUUCAUCAUGAACAUUCACUUCUGUGGUGCCGAGGCCAAACCGGUUCCCCACUGGGCCAAAGUGCUCAUCAUCGACUACAUGUCCAAGAUUUUCUUUGUGUAUGAAGUGGGAGAGAACUGCGCUUCUGGCUCCUCGUCUUCUUCUAGCUGCCUGCAGGAGGAUUCUGCUCACCAAAAAGUCAACUCCCAUAUUCACGCGAAUGGAAAACCCAGAGGUCAAGAGGGUCAUCAGAACCAUAAGCACCCCCAGUCUCAAUCUUCCAGGCAGCAACACCGAGUGAAAGUCCACCACCACAUCACCAGAGAAGAGAGCAGCCACCUGAACAGCUCCGCACCUGGAAAGUUUGAAGUCUCUAAUGGGAGAAUCCCAACGAGUGACUACAGCGCAGCAGAUCAGAAAGUUCAUCCUGAAGACCAGAAUCCUCUGUGCUGCUCCGAAGAUGUAAAACCUCCCCCUCAGGGCCCGACUGUAACCUUUGGCCCCUGCAUAUUCUGUAGCUAUGCCAGUGGAAUACCUAACGUGGACACAAAACUGGUCCGCAACGUGGAGUAUAUCGCUAACUGUUUUCGAGAGCAAAGAGCCACGUGCGCCAAGGUGGCCGAGUGGAAGAAGAUAGCCAAGGUGAUGGACAGAUUCUUCAUGUGGAUUUUCUUCAUCAUGGUUUUUCUCAUGAGCAUCCUCGUUAUUGGCAAGGCUAAAUGA